CGCGUUCAAUAAAGAUAAGAUAUAGAGAGUUGUAAACUUCAGAUGUAGAUAGAUCAUUCAAUUCAAUUAAAACGUUAGUCAUGAAAGGAACUAGUAAGCUUUCAUGUAUAUUUUUUGCUUUAACUAUUUCUCUGUUAUUUCUUAACACAAAGAGUCAGAAUUCGGAGCCAAGAAUUGUAAAUGGUUUUAAUGUGACUUCAAUAAAUGGAUUUAAACAUCAAGUCUCAGUCCGGUAUCGACCAACCGACCUUUAUUCGUAUGGAGAUGGUCACUUUUGUGGUGGAUCACUGAUAAACAAUCGAACUGUACUAACAGCUGCACAUUGUUUUCAAGAUGGAAAUAGAUAUCUAUCAGCUUCAAAUUUAGUUGUAACAUUAGGCAGCCUUCAAAGAUAUAUUCGUGAUAAUAAUACGCUAUACAUUACCGUCUCUAAACUAGUUAUGCAUAAAACUUUUGUGUCUUCAACGUUUCAAAAUGAUAUUGCUCUGUUAAUACUAUCACAGGACGUUCCUUCUAACCAUCCAACUGCACAACCUAUUUUGUUGCCAUCUCGAGCUCCUGUUGCUGGUCGACAAUGUCAAAUAUCUGGAUGGGGUCGUGUGAAAUUCAAUACUGGUGCAGAGCCUGCUCAACUCAAAGCUGCAAAUCUCACAAUAAAUUCAAGAACUCAAUGCAACUCAAGAUCCAGUCAUAAUGGAAAUGUGUUGAUAGGAAUGUUCUGUGCUGGUCCAUUUACAGGUCAAUUGAUUGUUGACAGUUGUCAGGGAGAUUCAGGUGGUCCACUUAUGUGUGGGAAUGAAUUAGUUGGUAUAACAUCUAAUGGAGUGGGAUGUGCUGAACCAAAUUACCCAGGAAUUUAUACUGACGUCCAUCAUUAUCUUCAAUGGAUAGAAAAAAAUGAUUCAAAAAAAGUAAAAUUGACUUACUUUGUGAUAAUUUUUACUUCUGUAUUUACAUUAAUUUUUAAUCAAAUUUAAAUUUUAAGAAGUAAAUAAAUUCAAUCAAAUGAUAUUUUU